AUGGCAUCUCAGAACGCCACAAGAGGAUUCAGAUUCACCCACACUGGCCUCAGAGUCACAGAUAUUGACCGUUCAGUCGAGUUCUACUCGGGGGUUUUCGGUAUGAAAGAAUUGGGCCGUAUGCUGUUAGAUACUGUCACUAUUGUAUUCAUGGGGUACUCGGAUUCCGUGGCUUCCGAGGCACCCCUAUUCGGCCGAGAAGGCGUGCUAGAGCUAAACGCAGACAAAAUAUCUUCAACCCUACCUAAUAACCACGAUUCCCGUAUCAUUAAACUGGCAUUUGGUGUCCCGGAUAUGGAGUCAGCUAUGGAACAUAUCAGGAAACAAGGCGUCAGAAUCCUCAAAGAAACAGGAGAUUCCAGAGGUUUUGAGGUGAUAUCCACAUUUCUUGGCUGUGAGACUCCGGACAAAGGAUUUGAUAAGUCCUUGUGGGAGGCUGCUGUACCUGUGCCGUUCAUUGAAGAUCCGGACGGAUACCUCAUCGAAAUCAUCCCGUAUUCGGUUUGA